AUGGCUGGCAUCGACUUUCUUCUUUUCGAAGAAGCUGCGGGUUAUGCUAUCUUCAAGGUUUUGAUCCAGCAGGAUGACAUUGCCAACAGACAGAAAGAGGUGCAAGAGGCAUCGAACGACUUGGGCAAAUUUUCCAAGAUGGUUGAACUUGUUUCCUUCGCCCCAUUCAAGGGUGCUGCCCAGGCUUUGGAGAAUGCUAACGACAUCUCUGAGGGUUUGGUCUCUGACUACUUGAAAUCCGUGUUGGAGUUGAACUUGCCAAAGCCUUCUAAGAAGAGCAAGAUCACUUUGGGUGUGUCUGAUAAGAACUUGGGUCCUUCUAUCAAGGAAUCCUUCCCAUACAUUGACUGUGUCUCCAACGAAAUUGCCCAGGACUUCUUGAGAGGUAUCCGUGUCCACGGCUACAAAAUCUUGAAGGAAUUGCAGGAUGGUGACAUCGAAAGAGCUCAGUUGGGUUUGGGCCAUGCUUUCUCCAGAGCUAAGGUGAAGUUCUCUGUUCAGAAGAACGAUAACCACAUUAUUCAAGCUAUUGCUCUUUUGGACCAGUUGGACAAGGAUAUCAACACCUUCUCCAUGAGAGUGAAGGAAUGGUAUGGCUGGCACUUCCCUGAAUUGGCUAAGAUUGUUCCAGACAACUACACUUACGCCAAGCUUGCAUUGUUUAUGAAGGAUAAGGCUUCUUUGACCGAUGAGUCGCUUCACGAGGUGGCUGCUUUGGUCAACGAUGACUCUGGUAUUGCUCAGAGAAUUAUCGAUAAUGCUAGAAUCUCCAUGGGUCAGGACAUUUCUGAACUAGAUAUGCUCAACGUCUCCACUUUUGCUGAGAGAGUUGUUUCCAUUUCUGAGUACAGAGCUAGAUUGUUUGAAUACUUGACUUCUAAGAUGCACACUGUUGCUCCUAACUUGUCUACCUUGAUUGGUGAAGUUGUCGGUGCUAGAUUGAUCUCUCACGCCGGUUCUUUGACCAACCUUUCCAAGCAGGCGGCUUCUACUGUUCAGAUCUUGGGUGCUGAGAAGGCCCUUUUCAGAGCUUUAAAGACCAAGGGUAACACCCCUAAGUACGGUUUGAUUUACCACUCUUCCUUCAUUGGUAAGGCUUCUGCCAAGAACAAGGGUAGAAUCUCCAGAUACUUGGCUAACAAGUGUUCUAUCGCUUCUAGAAUUGACAACUACUCUGACGAGCCAUCCACGGCAUUUGGUCAGAUCUUGAAGAGACAGGUUGAGGAGAGAUUGAACUUCUACGACACUGGUGCUGCCCCAAUGAAGAACGCCGAUGCCAUCAAGGAGGCUUUGGCUUUGACCUCUGACUUGGUUGACGAGAUGGAAGUUGAGGAAGCUAACGCUUCUGACGACGAGGAGCCAGUCAAGGCUGAGAAGAAGGAGAAGAAGGACAAGAAGGAAAAGAAGGAGAAGAAGGAGAAAAAGGAAAAGAAGGAAAAGAAGGAGAAGAAAGAGAAGAAGCGUAAGGCUGACGACGAUGAAGAUUUUUCUAAGAAGAAGAAAAAGAAGAAGUCCAAGGACUAA